AUGGAUAUACGCAACUAUUUGAAACGAUCCCACUCGGACUCAUCGUCCGAUGAGUCGCAGACACCCCCGAGAAAGGUCGCGAAGUCUGCAUCCACCAAACCUCAAACUACCGCAAAGGCUUCUGCGGCCAAAAAGCCUGCUGCUCAGAAGGCGAAAGCAAAGUCACCAAAUAGAACUUAUGAUGAAGCCAUCAAGUCAAUCGAUAAGACUUAUGCGCAGUUCCUGAAGAAGUACAAGCCGAAUGGCUCUUGGACAGCCGACGAGUUCUCUGCCGGGUUUGCCCGCUUUCUGCCUAUGGCACAGAAUUUAAAGGACGAGUCGCUUCCCUUAGCUUUCAACCUAAUUCUCGACAUUGGAGAACAUUCCUACGGCGACGUGGAUUAUGGCGCAAAGACGUGCGGCUACGGAGACACUGAUGAGCCGUUCCAAGCCAUGGACAACGCGUUAUUGGAAAUCAUCGAGUCUCGCCUGGAAGACUGCACUGACAACGAUUGCAACGAUGUGGCAUUCAUUUUAAGCCCAACGACAGACGACAUGGGGACCUCUCAGGAUGAGCUGCGAGAGGCGUUGAAACCCAAGGGAAUUCGGAACAAGUCUCAGUUUUUGAUGAAUGACAGGGCGAGGAGAGGAGAUCAGCAAUUAUUGAUGACACGGCGGAGGACUCGUCGCAUGGAUACAAUUGACUGGGCCGGGAAUGCGCUCAAUGAUCUGAGCGAAACUCGGAGGCGCAUCGACAGCUGGGGCCUGGGAGAACAUUACUUUGCGAAGAGCAUCGCAAAGCUAUCCGAUAUCAAAGGCAUUGACGUACCGAGGUACAACGACUACCAUCAGCCUUUGGGGAUCUGA